AUCUGUCGUGGUUUUAUAAUUUGAAUUAUGAAUUGAACUAACAUGCGCUUUCGUGUUGUAGUUCCCUAACCUUGAAAAUGUUGAAGUGUUUGUGAUAGCUGUGAUAGCACAGAUUAUUGGCGAGAAAGUUUGGUUUGAUCACAGAGUUUGAUAAGUUUGUGAUGUCAGUGCAGAAUAAUAAUAAUGUCUGAGUUCUCUGAGUGUGACUCUGGAGGGAAAAGACUUAGUCAAACAAAAAUCAGCUCCUACUUUACAGGCUGUGUAAAGCGAAUCCCAACAGACCCCCCUUUUAAGAAAAAACGUAGCCGCCGAACAAUGUCUGUCGCAUCUUUUGCUGGCCCCAAAGACACUGCAACAGAGUCGGUUUCAAACACAUCAAGAAAAAGAAAUAGUCCGUCUAUAAGGAUCUCGAAGAGGAAAUUAAAAGCACCGAUCAACUCAGAUGAUGAAGGUGAUUUGGAAAGUAAUCACAGUCAAAGUACAUUAAAGGAAAACAAUGGUGAGUUAUUACCCUUUUACACCGGAACCUCAGCUCCUAUUACAGUUCAACUAUCUUUAAAUAAACCCACGUCUCUUGCAUGUUCAAUAAAUAUUACGACUUCAGCUCCUCUGAAUUCACCACCAAGAGGCGUUCUAACACCGCCAUUCGUGAAUUCACCACCAAAAGGUGUUUUAACACCGCCAUCCGAAAAUCUUCCUUCUCCAAACACUUCAUCCAACAAAAAUGUAUCUCCAAAGCAAACACCAAAGAAACGACUUUUUGACGAAAGUAACAAAACAAACACUCCUAGUACAAGUAAAAUCUGCGUUCUAGAAAAUAGAGUGAUAGUGACGUCUCCUGUUAAAAAAUCACCAAAGAAUGAAGUUAAAGACGAAACGAAAAAACUCAACUAUGAUGUGCUAAAAGUGAUGAGGGAAUUCUUCAUCAAUGUUCUGAAAUAUAGCCACUUGAAGUGCCUGUUGAGCAAGAGUGAUCAAGACAUGCUUUAUAAUUUUUAUAACAUAGAGAAGGACUACCAAUACACGUGUGUAAAACUGUUUUUGUGGAAACAACAGUGGUACAAUAUUUUUAAAUAUGUGGGCGGAAUCGGGUUAAAAAUGGGCGAUAAUGAUGUGACUGCCAUGUACAAGUGUUUAGAAGAGAAACAUUUUGUUGAUACGAAUUAUAUGGCUGAAGACACAGUCACUCUAUUAAAUCUGUUGAGUGUAGCGGAUCUGCGAGCUAUUUUAGCCCAGUUUAAACUACCCACUGCUGGGCCCAGAGAGUCUCUGAUUGAUAAACUACUGAGAAAUUGUAAAACUCAAGUGACCCUCACUUGUACGAAAAGCACAGAAGACCUGCUUCGAGAACGGAUCAAGGAGAGAAUGGGAUAUUGUGUCAGACUCUCUACAAAUCUCAACCGUUGCCUGCGCUACGUUUUUCUGUUAAAUACAUUCACUAAUUUUAGUUUGACUGUGCCACAAGAUUAUUUUAAAAACGUUACGUACUUCAACACUGUGUUCCCCUCCUGCAAAGUUGAGACUUUUCAUAUUUUUUAUACGCCGGGAGAGUUUUCAAAGUAUGCAGACGCCGUUGAUUUAAACAGAGAGUUGGAGGAAGCUAUUGAGAAAAAGAACAAUCCAAAUAUUUUAGUACUGUGUCAAAGGGCAUUUAACUUGCUGAAACAAGCGAACGAGGAAGCCAAAAAUGACAUGAGGGAGCCACAUUUGGAGCGUUUUACUCCAAACGCCCAAUACAUUCGUAUCAUAACACAAGGCCUGAAACACAUCAAACGGCACAAUUUCGGUGAGGUUCAAAUUUGGUUGGAAUACCUCAUCACACAGAAAUAUUGCAAACAUAAACGUGGUGACUGGUACUGCGAGCUGGCAUUGAUUUAUACUGAAUAUUUAAAAGAUUACGAAAAGGCCGCAAAAUUAAUAAUAAAAGCGUUCAAGGAAGAGAAAGAAUUUCUGACCGACAUACAAUUGCAAGCACUUGCACACAGAGGUAGGCUUACAAAUAGGAAAACCUACAAAUUGCCCUCGUUGUACCAUGACGAAAUAGCUGCCUUGUCACCACCUGCGUGCGACCGUGAUUGGCCCCAAGAGGUCUUGGACUGCGAAUCGUUGAAAAGCCAAAAAUCUGGCCAGAAGCGGAAAUAUGUCCACCGCUGCGCCAACGGCGAUGUCGAGUAUUUGUCUGUUGAGCAAAAGGCUCUGAAGCACUACGAGACGAUGGGCUUUCCUAGCGGUUUACACUGCGAGGGUAGCGUGAUAAUUGCGGCCUUCUAUCUGCUAUUCUGGGACAUCAUUUAUGAGGAAUACGUGCGUGGAACAUUUAUUUCAAGCGUACAAAGUGCCCCCUUGGACAUGCAUACGCCCUACUUUUACAAGAACAGAGAACGCUCGAUUCAAAAGCGACUGGACGAGAUUCGAGACAAGUGGAAGAACAUUGAAUUAAGGACGAAGUUAUCGCGCGCUUGGGACUUACAUUCGCACGAAAAUUCUGUGAUUGAGGCCGCGGUGCCUAAAUCUGACCAUAUUUUUGAUGUGAUAAUGUGCAUUGGGCGACCUGUGCUCGCUAAAAUUUUCGAAAGACUGGUGCAAAAUUUUAAGGUUUACCAAAGUGGGUUUCCCGACUUGAUUGUGUGGAAUGUUGAGGAGGGAAGGGCGAAAUUUGUCGAAGUUAAGGGGGAAAAUGAUAAACUCUCAAUUAAGCAGAAGUUGUGGUUGAACUAUUUGUGUGAUAGCGGGGCUUCUGUGGAAGUUUGUAGAGUUGAACCCAAAGCCACGAAAAAACAGUUUAAGAGAAGUGUCGCCGCAGCGUGCCAUUAGAUAUUAAAGACUUAUAUUUUUAUACGUUCUUAUACCGAUUUAUUAUGUAAUUUAUCUUAAGUGUAUUUUAUGUUUUUGAGUUUUGAGAAUUAACGUAUUUGUUAUUUUUUAAUAAAGAAUUGUUGAACU